AUGGCAACUGACGCGAAGGUUGCGACGGCACACGUGUCCGAUUCAAAGCACUUCAUGUUCACCAGUGGAGAAACAGAUCCUGUGUGGAUUCAUCGUCUGCCUUACAAGAGCCUUCCCAGGUUCUCCAAGCUCGACCGUGACCUCGAAACUGACGUCUGCAUUGUUGGCGCUGGUAUCUCGGGUGUAUCAGUAGCUUACGAGCUUGUCACUCGAGGCCUCAAUGUCGUACUAAUUGAAGCUCGCGAGGUACUCUCGGGUGAAACGGGACGCACGAGUGGCCAUCUCGCAAACGAUCUUGACGAUGGCUAUCCGGCAAUUGCGAGCAAGCAUGGCGACAAGGGAGCAAAGGCAGCUGCUGAAUCUCACACAUGGGCUUUGAACCGUGUUGGUGAGAUUUCGAAACAACUGGGCAUUGAAUGUGAAUACCGUCAUCUGCCCGCCUACGACUUCUCGCAGUACCCGAAGAGCUCCAAAAACCAUGAGUCUGAUAUGCAGGUCAUUGUUGAAGAAGGCAUGAAAGCCAAAGAGCUUGGUAUUCCCACCGAGUACAAGCCUGGAUUUAAGCUGAGAGGAUGGGAGGGUAAUAUCGAUCAGACUGAUGCUGUGAUUUACCCUCAGCAGGCCACCUUCCACCCGACAAAGUAUGUCGCCGGUGUUCUGGAAUUCCUCAAGACACAAGCAAACUUCUCUUGCUAUACAAACACGCGAUGCAUUGAUUUGCAGGAGAAGGGUGUCGAGAUCUUGGGCAUGGGACACAAGAACGUGUAUGUGAAGACAAUGGACGGGCACACAAUCAAAUGUGCAGACGCUGUCGAAGCCACUUGUGUGCCUCUCCAAAAGCUCUCUGUCAUUGCAGAAGAGGAGUACUACCGCACCUACUGUAUCGCCAUCCGUGUCCCAAAGGGCUCUGUUGAAGAUGCACUCAUCUACGACUCCGCAGAUGUCUACAAAUACAUUCGUUUGACCGAAUGCGAUGAAAAGGAUGAUUACAUGGUCGUCGGUGGAGGCGACCACAAAGUCGGCCAGGAUAACACCGUCACGCCCUUUCACGAGCUCGAAGAAUGGACACGCGCUCGUUUCCCCCAGGCCACAACCAUCGACUACAAAUGGAGUGGCCAGAUCUUUGAACCCGUCGAUCACAUGGCCUUUAUCGGGAAGAAUCAGGGUAACAAGCACAUUUACAUCAUCACUGGCGACUCGGGCAACGGUCUCACCCACGGUGUACUAGCUGGUAAACUCAUUGCCGACUGCAUCACCGAGCAGCCCAACCCGUGGAUUACUGCAUACGACCCUGGUCGUGUCGCUUCGAUUGCCAAAUCGCUUUCCUCGAUGAUAACCCACGAUAUCCAGAUCAACGCAAAAUACAAGCGGUUCGCCCAGAGCGACAUCACGGAUAUCGAAGACUUGGUCCCGGGUGAGGGUGGUGUGCUCAAUACCAAGACUUCGAAACCACUUGCCGUGUACAAGGAUGAAGGUGGUCAGGUUCACAAGUUCAGUGCUAUUUGCCCGCAUUUACAUGGUGUCAUCACGUGGAAUAGCACUGAAAAGAGUUGGGAUUGCCCGGUUCAUGGCAGUAGGUUUAGUUGUCAUGGUGUGCAGCUUUGUGGGCCGGCAAAGGCGGGACUGCAGGCUGAGAGUGAGAGUGGGGAGAUGUUGCAGAAACAGGCGGUGGAGUGCUAG